UUCAGUUUAUCUUAGUAGACCAAGUGAAUAGAGAGACCAUUCUACCAUUCAUUAUUUCGAAAUCGUAAACCAUGUUUUUUCUCGUAUUGAUUUUUAUACUGGUCUUAUCCUUUUGGCUAUACCAGAUGAAUAAGAAAUAUUUCGUAUUGUGUCUAUGCCAACGUGUACGUUGUGAAGAUGACAGUCAAACGAUGAAUAAAAUCUGUGUUAUACCGGGUGUUGUGCCACAACUGGGAAAUAAUUUUGAUUUGCUGAAUUUGAGACCAGAUACGCUAUAUCACUAUCCCCGAAAAUGUCUACGUUAUGCUAAAGGCCGUAGUUACAUUCUCUAUUAUUUAUGGUCUCCAAUUUACUGUAUUGUUAGAGCCGAAGAUGCUGCCGAAGUGUUCAAAAGCACCAGUUUGAUACAAAAAUCUCCCUUCUAUAAAUAUUUAAAACAAUUUUUAGGCGAUGGUUUGCUUGUGAGUUCGGGUUCCAAAUGGUCUUUCAGGCGCAAAAUGUUGACCCCAGCAUUUCAUUUUAGUAUUUUGCAGACAUUCAAUGAUAUUUUAAGAACUGAAGAUGACGGCAAAUUGGAAGAUAAAAUCUGUGUGGUACCAGGUAUUAUGCCUCAGCUGGGAAAUAAUAUUGAUUUGCUGAACUUUGGUCCAGAUACUUUGUUUCAAUAUAUCCGAAAUUGUUUACACUAUGCUGGGGGCAAAAGUUAUUUAUUGUAUUUCCUGAGAGCUCCGUUCUACAAUAUUGCGACAGCAGAAGAUGCCGUAGAAUUGUUUCAGAGUACAACAUUAUUGGAGAAAUCUAAAAUUUAUAUCUACUUAAAGGCAUUUUUGGGCGAUGGCCUGCUCAUCAGUUCUGAUCAAAAAUGGUUUUCCAGACGUAAACUUCUGACUCCAGCCUUUCACUUUAGUGUGUUGCAAACAUUCAGCGAAAUUUUCAAAGAGGAAAGCUUAAAACUUUUAAAGAAAUUGCAAUGCAUGCCUAAGGAAGAAAUUGAAGUCAAUGAUAUUGUUACGGAAUUUACAUUAAACAACGUUAUUGAAACCGCUUUGGGUGUAAGUUUGGAUGAUUUAGUUGGCAGUGCUCAAUAUCGUAAAACCAUUCAUGACAUUGAAGAAGUUAUACUGGAAAGAAUCUAUAAUCCCUUGAUGUUCUAUGACAUCAUAUUUCGCAUAUUUGGAAGAUAUAAGAAGCAUAAGCACGAUUUGAAGAUUGCCAGUGAUUUCAGCAGUAGAAUAAUUCAGAAGAAGAGAGAAGAAUAUCGCCAAAAGCAAGCCCAACAAAAGGAUAAUGGAGAGGAAAUUGAUGAAUAUGGCAAAAAGAAGCGUUAUGCCAUGUUGGAUACUCUGCUGGAUGAAGAGUCCAAGGGGAAUAUUGACCAUGAAGGUAUAUGUGAUGAGGUCAACACCUUCAUGUUCGAGGGUUAUGAUACCACCUCCACAUGUCUGAUAUUUACCAUAUUGAAUUUGGCCCUACAUCCCGAGGCACAGGAAAAAUGUCGGCAGGAAUUGGCAAAUAUAGGUGAUUUUUCCAGCUUAACUGUCUUUGACUUCAACAAAUUGGAUUAUUUGGAAUGUGUUAUCAAGGAGACACUGCGUUUAUAUCCUUCGGUACCGUUUAUUGCACGCACCUGUGUGGCAGAGACACAUAUUAAUGGCCUUAUAUUGCCCGUAAACAGUCAAGUGAAUGUUCAUAUUUAUGAUAUAAUGAGGGAUCCCAGACAUUUCCCAGAUCCUUCCGCUUUUAAGCCAGAACGAUUUACACCUGAAAAUUCCGCAAAUAGACAUCCUUUUGCCUUUGUACCUUUUAGCGCAGGAUCAAGAAACUGUAUUGGUCAAAAAUUUGCUAUUCUGGAAAUGAAAGCUGUAAUGGUUGCCUUGCUGCAAAAUUUCGAAAUAUUACCAGUAACCAAAUUGGAAGACUUGACCUUUGAAUAUGGCAUAAUUUUAAGAACCUCGCAGAAGAUUUAUGUGAAACUGAGGAAAAUUGUUAAAUAAAUAUCGAAGAUUUUACAGCACAUUCUUCAAAAGAAUAAGAACAAUGUGUGGCCUGAUGUUGGUUA